GUGCUAGACACAUAGAUAAGUCGUGAUCGGGAAAACACCAUUUCACUUCUUCAGCCAGCUUCAAAGGGCUUUCGACAUUUUACAUAAACAGGUGCCCUGACGAUCAAUGGGUGAAGUUUUGUUUGAACUUGAACAAGUUCUCAGGACCAAACAGGAGAGAUUGACACCUGCUGAAGAAAAGUUUCUUCUAACAUGCAAGUCUAAGGCUAUUAGGGAGUUUACGGCUGGUGCACUUGUUGGAUCUGGUGUUGCAUGGUUAGCAACAUGGAGGAUCAAUAAGGCUUUUCGAGUCAGCCUUUCAGGGGGAGCUGCUAUUGUCUGCGGAUUGUGGAGAUUUGGUAGUUCCCUUGAAUCAUGUGUUGAUAGUAUUCUUGGAACAGAUGGAAGUCGGCUGCAGAAAGAGUUAGCAAACAUAAUAGUGAACAAGUACCGAGAUGAUCCUUGGAGAAUGCAGCUUAUCUCUAAACAUUUUUAUUCAGAGAAAGUUUAUGAUGAUUCAACCUCAGAUCAGCCAAAAUUAAGAUGGCGCUACAAGAAUUUUUUUAGUGAUAAUGCUGCUCAUAGUCAAAGUACACAUGAAAAUGACUCUUAUGGUGACUCUCAAUCAGAUUCUCACAACAAUUCCCACAAGGAGGCCCACAGUGACUUCCAGAAUGACUCUAGCAGCAAAAAGAAUCAUUUUGAGUCAAAGAAAAUUCUUGUGAAAUCUGAUGCUGAUAUGGUUAUGGAUCCUCUAGAUUGUGUUUUUGGCAAUACUGCAGCAACGGAGGAGAUUCAUCACCCUAAUACCUCAAGCACGCCUACCAGGGUACUCACUCGUAACCAUAAAAGAUCUCGCCGACGUCGUCGCAUGCGCCAUCAUGAAGGUUCCCUGGAUCCUCAAUAUGCAUAAGUGCACCAAAUUGAUUUUCAUGAACAGCUUGGAGGGAAAACCACAGAGAAAAGGUUGAGCAUAAACAUCAUCGACCUUGUUAAGGUUAAAAUUGCAAAUCUGAAUGCUGAAUCUUUGCCAGGUACAUUAUUGACUAUAAAUCGUUCCUCAUGAGGUGAAUUGUCUAAUGAAUUUAUAGUUAACUAGACAAUGAGGUUUUCUGUGCACUAUUUGUUCUCUGUGCAUUAUUGAUGCAAACCCGGCAUUUUUCUCUGAAAUCUGGGGAAAGGGCUGGUAUUUGUGAUCACUUUCUAAACAUUUCUCUGUGGCUUAAAGUCAAUGGUUUUUGUGCUUCCUCA